AUGGGGGAUCUGAGGCCCUGGGCCCGAUAUGGGCUCCUGGUUGUGGGCCACCUGCUGGUCCUGGGGCUUGGGGCUGCCGUGUUCCAGGCCCUGGAGGGGCCUCCAACACGCCAGCUCCAGGCCAAGCUCAGAGCCGAGCUGGCCACCUUCCAGGCAGACUAUGGAGCCUGCCUGCCACCUGGGGCAUUGGAGGGGCUGCUGGGGACCGCCCUGGCAGCCCAGGCCCACGGGGUCUCCAGCCUGGGCAACGGCUCCGAGGCUGGGAACUGGGACCUGCCCUCAGCCCUGCUCUUCACUGCCGGCAUCAUCACCACCACGGGUUAUGGCAACACAGCCCCGUUAUCAUCAGGUGGCAAGGUCUUCUGUAUGGUCUACGCCACCCUGGGGCUGCCGGCCUCGCUGGCACUUGUGGCGGUGCUGCGCCACUACCUACUGCCUGUGCUCAGCCGCCUGGGGGACUGGGCAGCGGUCUGCUGCCGCUUGGCACCAGCCCGGGCUGCGCUGCUGCAGGCUGCUGGACUGGGCCUGCUGGUAAGCGGCAUCUUCGUGCUGCUGCCAGCGCUGGUGCUGUGGCAGCUACAGGGCGACGGCAGCCUGCUACGGGCUAUCUACUUCUGCUUCCACUCGCUCACCACCAUCAGCUUUGGGGACCUGCUGCCGGGCCACGGCCGCGGCCUGCACCCAGCGGUCUAUCAUUUCGGCCAGCUUGCUCUUCUCGGUUAUAUGCUCCUCGGGCUCCUGGCCAUGCUGCUGGCCGUGGAGACUUUGGUGGAGCUGCCACAGGUCCGUGCCAUCGUGAGAUUCUUCGAGUCCAGUGGCCCUUCGAUCAGUGAGGACCAAGGUGGCAUCGUAGGGCAGGAUGGACUGGCUCUGAGCACCCUGCCGCCCGCAGCCCCCAGCCUGGAGCAAGCUUGCUGACAGGUGUCAGGUGGUUCAACUCCUUUAAAGUGGACGAGCGGAGGAGGUUAAGCUGUUAAGUGGUUAGGGGAAGCUUCUGGAGAUGGGGGGCGGGGUGAGGUCGCUGUGAGGGCCUCCGGGAAUACAGUGUUACUAGAAUAAUAAAAUGGGCAACAACUCCGACUGUUCAUUCAUCUCUUCUUUCGAAAUGGGAUUCCCUACGGCCAUCAACAACACAAUCCCCACCGCCCAGUCCGCACUCCAUCAUCCUCCCUAGGCUAAGGUCCAGCCUCACUUGCGUUUAGGAACCUCCACGCCCCUGUGGAAUCGGAGACAACCCUACCGGCCUAAGCCCCACCCUCUUCCGUCCAUUGAAAGCCCGAGUUGCCUAGAGAAAGGGCCGCGCCGGUGUCUCGUCGUCUAACUUUAUUGCUCCGAGGAACAGCAAGGAGACGAGGCAGGGCAGUCCAUGAUCCAGUCCUCUCGCCGCUGCUGACCGGCCGCGCCCCACCGUUGGGAA